AUGGCUCGAAAGGGUGCUGUGAAAUAUCGUUCCCUACGGUCCAAUCUCGUUCAUCUACCUUUGUCCCUAUUCGCUCAAUUGGCUCAACAGCAAGCGCGUCCUCAAUCACUGAUUAUACACCUCUCGCCUCUCUCGUCAUCAUCUUCCUCCUCGUCUCGUCAACCGAAAUCCGCAUACCUAGGAUGGUCAGGACUAGCAGCUGCCUCCUCCCUCUCUCAAGCUGGAGACGGAUUGGAGAGUAUAGAGGUAGAUCCCGAGGUAGCCAUGUCACUCGGGUGGCCAGAAAGUACCUUGGUUGAAAUCAGUAUAAUCCAUAAUCCCACGAGGGCAAAUUCAGUCUCUGUGUCACCGUUAUCUUCGGAUGAUUGGGAGAUCCUUGAACAACACGCUUCAUUCCUCGAAGAUCAUUUGCUAUCGCAAUUGAGAGCUGCACAGAAGGGACAAGAGAUAGAUGUUUGGGUAAUGGGCAAAACGAAGAUCAGGAUACGAGUGGACGAGACCAACCCCUCAACAUCAACGAAAGAAGCCGUCUUACUCAACAAUGAUACAGAAAUUUAUGUCGCACCCAAACCAAGAGGCAUGAUACAACCCAAACGACAAGUGAUAGAACCUUCCGUCCUUGAGAAUGGAAUAAAGAGUAGUUCACACAAGCAGAUUAGUGCUGUUCGAUUACGGAUGAUUCCACCACGCGUAGUGUCUGAUUGGGGACAUUUGAACAUACCAUCUACGUCAACAGCAAGCCAAGUAGGAAUAUGCUCCUCUCAUACAAUGGAAAAAAUACGCCGAAAGUCAAGGCUGAAACCUUCGGUCUCAGAAGUGAAAGUGAGUCUGGAAUUAGACGACGAUGACAUGAAAGCGGAUGCAGACAAUCAGCGGAAGCAAGAUCUACCUAAUGGUGAGAGCAGAGAAAAGCAAGAAGAGAAGAAGCACGUCGAUAUACAGCUUGUAGAGUGGGAUGAGAUGCCUGAUGGAUAUAUAAGUUUGGUUGGUACAACCGAAGAGUGGGAGAAUGGAUGGGGGAACGUUAAGAUAAUGCCGCUCGUGGGGAGAAAAGUGAAGACCAGGAAUAAAGGGGUAGCUUUAGCUUUACCAAAUCUAUCUGCUUCCUCCUGCCUUCCCGGUACGGAGCAGCUAAUCGAUGAUGCCACAACUUAUCUAUCUCGCACGCUGUCAACGCCCUUGAGUCAAUUACUUCUGCUACAAGGGAAUAAGGGUUCAGGAAAGACCACAAUCGCCAAGAUUGUGGCGAAGAGAUUAGAAGCCGAUCGUAGUAUAUUAGCUGAACCCAUAUAUGUGGAUGUGGCCAAGCUGGAUCCCGAAAGUCGACUCACGACGCUAAAAGAAACGAUGUUCAGCUGGAUAGGGAACACUGAAAAGAGGAGACCAUGCUGUCUGAUCCUCGAUGGUUUGGAUAACUUGAUUGGGAUGGAGACUGAGCUUAACUCCUCGUCCAACCCUGCUAUAUUAGCUGAUCAUUUCUGUCGACUAUUUUCGCCUGCUUCGCUUCCACCCGACGUCUUGGUCAUCGUCACAGCGGCAAACAUCACAACCUUACAUCCCAUGUUAACAGCUAAACACAUUUUCGGUCAAACGCUCAAAAUACCACCCCUCACGAAGGAAUCGAGACAAGAGAUACUGCAAUCAUUGGUGGAACAACAACUUUUUCCACAACCUCUCAGAAUGAACGGAGAUCUUGAUCCAGAAGGCAAUGUGGAUUAUAUUACUUUAGGGGGUAUGACGGAAGGAUACUCCAUCUCAGACUUGGUUGAUUUAGUGGGAAAUACAACGCAGCAAAGUAUAGUCAGGUCGAUCAAAUCGGGAGAUACACCUGAACUUACGAUGGAAGAUUUUACUCUGGCUCAAGAAGCUUUCAUACCCCUCAAUCUGAGAGGUGUAGCUUUGCAAAAAAGUGAUGUGAAAUGGAGUGAUAUUGGAGGCUUGCAUGAACCUCGUCGAUUGCUCAGAGAGACGCUCGAAUGGCCUACCAAGUAUGCUCAGAUAUUCGCAAAUUGCCCAUUGCGAUUGCGAUCGGGCUUGCUACUAUAUGGGUAUCCUGGGUGCGGCAAAACCCUCUUGGCUUCCGCUGUCGCGCGGGAGUGUGGUCUAAACUUCAUAUCUGUUAAAGGACCCGAAAUACUGAAUAAGUACAUCGGAGCGAGUGAGAAAGCCGUCAGGGACCUUUUUGAACGAGCUAGUGGAGCGAAGCCUUGUGUUUUGUUCUUUGACGAAUUCGAUAGUGUAGCUCCAAAAAGAGGGCACGAUUCCACUGGAGUCACGGACAGAGUCGUCAACCAACUCCUUACCGAGAUGGAUGGUGCUCAAGGUUUAAGCGGGGUAUAUGUCUUAGCCGCAACAUCUCGACCGGACUUGAUCGAUCCCGCUUUACUUCGUCCAGGUAGACUGGACAAAUCUAUCUUGUGUGAUAUGCCUACGCCGUCCGACCGAAAAGAAAUAUUACAAUCGGUAGCUAAGAAAUUACAUUUGGCAAAUGAUGUAGAUUGGGAUGAACUUGGUGAAAGAACCGAAGGGAUGUCUGGAGCAGACUUACAGGCUGUAGUGUAUAACGCACAUUUGGAAGUUGUGCAUUCCACAUUGGAGAAUAUGACUAUGAAUGGAGAUGUUACUAUGAAGGGAAAAGGGAAAGUGAAAGAGAAUGGGAUCAGGGGAGAUGGGGAUAAAAGGAAUUAUAGACAACUUAUACCCAAGGAAGAGGAUGGGAACGCUGCGGAUAGAUCGGAAAUGAUCAAUAGGAUGGCGACCAUAGGGAACAAUGCAAAGGGCCAGGGACAUGACAGGCCCGAUGCAUUGAAAGACAAACAGGAGGCCAAAAAACCAACGAUUCAUCAUCAUCAUCUCCUCGCCUCACUCGAAAGCACUCGUCCGUCAGUGUCCCCCGCUGACAGACAGAGAUUACAAAUGAUAUAUCGCUCAUUCAUCAGUGAUCGGGAUGGGAAAUUGGGGGAUGGUGAUUUAGGUAGAGGUACAGGCACAAGAAUGAGCUUGAUGUGA